AUGGGUUGGGUAUUGCACGCCUCCGAGGCGGUAAACGACGAGUCCCAGUAUCCGACAAUCAUCAUCAUUUGCGUCGUCCUUUCGGUUCUUUCCAUGUUGACAGUCGGCGCCCGUCUUUACAUUCGCUUCGCCGCGCGUGGCCUUGCCAGUGAUGAUUGGAUGUCCGCCUUAUCCGUCGUGUUUGCUCUCAUGUACUCCAUCCUCUGCAUUGUUCAAACAAGAUACGGCCUGGGACUACCCAUUGCAGAUAGACCCCCCGCCAGUCUCGACGCUUACACCAAGGUCAACUUUGCGGGACGUCCCAUUUAUCAAAUUGGAAUCAGCUUUUUCAAGAUUGCACUUCUCAUCAGUUAUCUGCGACUCCUCAAGGGAACGGACCAAAGGACCUAUCGCUAUGUUGUCUUUGCCACCAUUGCACUGGUCUUCUUGGGUCACUUGGGCUGCGCCCUCUCCCUCGUGUUUGCCUGUAAUCCGGUUCAAAGGUCAUGGAACCCCCAUAUAAAUGGAACCUGCUUGGCGCCUGGACCUUCUUUUACAGCUUAUGCUGUCGUCACUAUUGUUUCCGACAUCAUCGUUGCCAUUCUUCCCUUGCCAGUCUUGUUUAGGCUCAAUAUUCGACUGGCCAAGAAGCUUGGUCUUAUCGGCAUUUUUUUGCUUGGCCUGUUCACGACAAUCUGCUCCAUCUUGAGAUAUACCCAGAUCAACCGAAUCUCAACUGGUGACGGCAAUUCCACAAUGCUGAUUCUAUGGGGUACCAUUGAAUUCAACGUCGGCAACAUGGUUUCAUCCCUGCCAUUCUUGGCUCCGGUCUUCAUGAGAAAAGCCAAGGAGUACCGAACGAAGAAUUCAUACAAUAACGGAUCAUCUCAUCAGAACAGUCGAGGUGCAAAGGGCGAGCAUUUCAAACUCAGCGACGUGAGUCACAGCCGUGAAGACCACCAUGACAAGAGCGCCUUGACCGCAGUCAAGUCUUCGAGCGAAGAGAAUAUACUUCAAGGAGCUGGCAUCAUGAAGUCAAUCACAUACAGCGUACAAGUCGACGAGGAGCGCGGCCAACCCAGGCGGCGAAACGACAGCUUUGAAGAUAGCGUGUAA